AUGGAAGGAGGACGAACUGCCCAUUCUGCCUUACAACUACCAUUGAAUAUAGCCGAACAACAAUUCCCGAUAAAACAAGAUAACCUAAUACUCAUACCAUCAACAAGUAGUUCAUUAGAAAAUGACACAAAUGAAGAGUUAAACAAAGACGUUAAUAUAGAUUCAAAUAAAUCGAGAAAAGAGGCCAAUAAACUUCCAAAUGAGUCAGAUAAAGACAAAAACAAUAUAUCGAAUGAAUCUGGUGGACAUCAGGACUUACGAAAAUUAUUGAAAGCUAGUUUGGUUGGACGAUACUUAUUAAAAAAAGUCAACUGUUUGGAUGCGUCGGAUAGGUGUGAUUUGGUCAGGAUAAUAAUAGAACAUCAGAUGCUAAAUACAUUGAAAAUAAAAAGGGAUACAUUCAUCUAUUGGACGGAUCAAAUUGUGACUGUGUUUCCUAAGGAAAAAAGUGAUACCUACUACAUACCAUAUAAAAACGAUGAAACUGUAGCUUCCGGAAAAUUGUAUGAUAAAUUUACAAAUUUGAGAAGGAAGUUACUUUCUAUUGAUAUAUCAGAUAAUAAAUCUAAUGAAGAGGAUGGUGAAGACAACGAAACCGAUGAUUUAGAAGAUGCGGAAAUUGAUGAUAGUGGAGAUGAUGAAUCGGAAGAUGAGGAAAUUGACGAUAGUGGAGAUGAUGAAUUGGAAAAUGAGGAAAUUGGGGGUGGUGGAAACGAUGAUUUAGAAGAUGAGGAAAUUGGGGGGUAG